AUGGUUUGGUACGAACAGGAGUGCAACAAAGAUGACAUCAAAUUACGUGAAGAUGAACGAGACACAUUUCUUCGUGACGGGAAAGGUCUGCGCAAUGGUCACUUUGUGAUUUCGGGAAAGGACAAUCUGCAAACCGAUCCCUAUUCGCUUGAACGUGAAGAAGAGAUCCUGGAAACAUAUUUCAAGGGCGUACUCCGCUUCGUUGUGGAGCACUUGCCAAAGCAUCUCGUCGUCGAUGUUUUCUGGGACUUCUAUCGACCGACCAGAAUCCCCGAUACCGCCGGUAGCUUUUCAGAAGCUGUCUCACACGAGCUUGAGAAAACCAUAAGAGAAAACUUCGAAGGAGAUAAGUAUUUCCCUCCAGACCUGGUCAACAGAAUUUUCUCCAAGGAGGUUACUGAACGAAUCAUAUCGGAAGAUCCCAGCCUAGAGGACAUCGAGAAAACGGUGCUGUCCGCCAAAGUUUUCAACACCUCUGUGAAGUUACUAGCUGUUUGCUUGUCGGCGAGGCUGCCAUUCAAAUGCUUGAAAAAGUUAUUGGAUUCCGUCAAAGAUCUCUCUGACCUUAAUCCCUGGCCAAUUUUGGACAGAGAAAACGGGCUUGGGCUCCGCGAUCGGAGGCUUUUCCAAGAAAACAUACCGAAAUUCUUUCCUCAUAGAUUCGAACUGCGGAAAGGCCUGCCCCUCGCUGACGAUCAAGAUGAUGUAAGAAUUUUUAACAACGGAGAAGUCGUUCCUAUCUAUUAUCCAUCAGGAGCCAAGAAAUUGCUCGGGGAAGGGGCGUUUGGGGAAGUUUUCGAGGCCAAAAUCCAUCCACGCGCUCAUCAUUUCUCAAAAGACAAACAUGAGAUAUUCGCUUUGAAGCAAUUCAGUGGCCGCAUGGAUUCCAGCGAGCGUGGAAAUCGCGAAAAGUUUGAUCAAGAACGGCGUGCUCUAGAAAUGAUACAGAAAUUCCGCACUCAACCUCAUGAUCAUAUUGUUCGUUAUUUGGCAGCUUGGAGCCGGAGAAAUAAUUUCUACAUCUUAUUCGAACUGGCAAGCAUAGACUUGAAAACUUUCAUUGCUGGAUCGGAUGAUGGUUAUUCACAAUCAAGUAAACCGCUCAGACGAAAGAUACCGCGACAGCAGGACUCAAGGUUACCAAUUAUCGAUGAGAAGUUUGAAGACUGGAUCAUGGAACAAGUGACCGGGUUAGCACAGGCUCUUGCCUAUGUGCACGAAAUCACGUUUGACUACCGAUCAGAGUCGUCUUUGGUAUCGCGAAAUUCUUCGACGCUACAAAUUCCUCAUGUCUAUCCUUAUCGGCCAAGAGCGGUCGGUUUCCAUCACGACAUCAAGUUGGAUAAUGUUCUCGUUUUCAACUCUGUGACUAGAGGUUACGGCACUUUCAAACUGGGCGACUUUGGUUCUGCGAGGGUGAAGUUAUCUGAAUAUUACACUGUAAACAGAACCCCUCAAAUGGCCAGGCAAGAAAACGGUGCAGUAACAUAUACAUCGCCUGAUCUGGAAUUGAAAGGGGAGACGACCAGGAAGACAGAUGUAUGGGCCUUGGGUUGCGUCUUUCUUGAAUUGAUGCUGUGGUGUUUCGAUCGGGAAUUCACGGUUCCGAGGUUUUCGCAAGAGAGGCUCAACGACGAUAAGGGGCCGAGCAGGACCAACAGAUUCUGGCAAACGACAGAGUCCGAGUCAACGGCGGCACUAAAACCUUGCGUCUCCAAGAAGAUUGAAAUACUUCGGCAGCACUGCAGAAAACGGAAAUAUUUCAAGGUCUGGUUCGAUUGUGUGGAGGGGAUGCUUCAAGUCGAUGCGGAAGAACGGAUCAGGGCUCACAAACUUAGCAAUAUCUUAUCCGACAACUACAGACGCCUCCAGUACGACCGAGAAUGGGACACAUCCUCCAUUUCUGACGAUGAUGGAAGAGAUCUUGAGCCGGAACUGCCUAUUGCUCUUCAGGAUUCUGAGAACGAUAUGGCAGAUGUGCUGUCGGCAGGGCCUCUUGAUCAGACUGCAGCGCCUCAAAUACUCGUUUCCCGGGUAGACUGA